GUCACAGAAAUCUGCAAUAGGAGCUGAAUCUCUAAUACUCUUUUAGAUCACAACUAGCUAUCGAAACGAGAAACGGACGCCAAAUUUCAGCAGCAAGGAACACUUCAUUCACCGGGUUGCAACCAAAGAAUUUCGAUGGUGCCACUGUGCCUUCUUUUCUGUCUUGUGGUGGAAUCAACCACCUCGUUGCCUCAAUUCGACAAGGACUCGUUAUUAUGGUCGCAAUCUCCAAUGUUCCCGUCCCUGCCGACAACAAUCGUUGAAUACUCACAGAAUAUACACAGAGCAGUCAGCAAUGACGAUUGCAGUGCAUCAACAAUGCAUCGUCGCGACAGCGUUGAGUCUUUCUUAUCCGAUCUCUCCGACCUUGAUAAUAUGUACGGAACGCAUCCGAUAUUAACAAAGAGUCAUUCGAAACGAGACAGUUCCUACACAAAGUCGUGGACUGAUGCCGAUUGGAAAUUGCACCAAGUCAAGUCGUAUGAACGCUACAGCAGACACAUUCGGUCGUGGUUCUCGUCGCCGACGUUCUUUUCCGUGCUACCGACGUUGAUUUCGUCGUUCUUGUGGACUCUGUCUUGCAUAUUCGCUGUUCGAGUCAACCUCAUCAACAACUUUGUCAAACAGGCACCCUUUUCGCACUCCAUAUCAUCCUUCACUUCACCGAUAUCCAUUUUGCUCGCCCUGAAAACAAAUCGAUCCUUGAAUAGGCUCUUCGAAGCACGAUCCGUGUGGGGAAAGAUGAUACGGGUGUGUACGUCCCUAGCUGGGAUGACCGUCAAUUACAUAUCUCCCAUUGAUCAAGAACUCGGAAUACUAAUGGGGCGUUAUUUGGCCGCAUUUGGAUGGUGCAUGAAGGGGAAGUUGAGGGGGGAAGACGACAGUCUCGUGCUCCGCACAUUGUUGCCAUCAAGUGAGAUGCAAUGGAUAGAAACAUGCAGCAAUGCUGUAGGUGGCAUAUCGGACAACCCGUCCGCCAUCAUCUUUCGAUUGCGGAGCAUUGUUGCAAAAAUAACGAAUGGGUCCGAAGGGAGGUUAUCGAUUGCUGCUUCUCAGGUCAUGGAACAACGAUUGGGAGAAUUAGAGUCUUCAGUUGGAAUAUGCAAGAAGAUUGUGGCGUCACCGAUACCACCAACUUUCACUCGAAUGACAUCGAGGGUCCUUUGUCUGUUCUUGGGUUUCUUGCCUCUUGCCCUUGUAAGUUCGGGCAUGCAAUCGCCCGUUGCCAUUUUGGUGAUUGUAACGUUUUUGUCGUACAUAUUUGUUGGCAUCGACGAGAUUGGCGUGGAGGUGGAAUACCCGUUCCCACUUUUGCCGAUGUAUAGUCUUGCUAGCAAUCUAAAAUCGGGCGUUGGGAAUCAAUUUCGACUGAUGGAAGAAAUGCGAACAGGCGGGGUCCUAUGAACAAACAUGGAAAGUUUGGGAAAUGAAGAGCACAUUGGUUGAUAUUACUCCUAAAGUAGUACAAUAAUAGCAGAGGGCAUUGUUCAGACACACCAUGGUAAAUGCUCCUCUUACAGUUACACACUACUAGUACUGGUAGUAACAGGUCACAGACACUAUGUUCAAUCCUGUGGUAUUGUGCCCUUCAUUUUUCCUCAGUGCUGUUAGGCAAAAUUUUUCACAAUAUUUUGCAAAACAAUGCUGUCGUGAGGUAGAGAUAGGAAUUUCAGCUUCUUGAACAGCAGCAGCAGAUAAUAACAAGCUUUGUUAUAG